AUGACAUCAGUGCUCAACACCGACGCUUCACUGCCGUACAACCAUGACUUAUUUGAAAGCCUUAUUGUAAAGAAAAGAAUAAAGCCAACUAGACAGAAGUCGAGAGGCAGAGGUCGGGUUCGAACAACGGACCAUCCGGUCAGUGAAUUUGCGUUCAUCAUGAGACGAACGCUGGAAGAUCUCGAAAACUCAGGUGUUCAGAUAGUCUGUGACGAAACGUAUAUAGAAUAUGCAGACGACAUCAUUCUCAUUUUCGAAGAGGAAAGGUCACGUGUUUUUUGA